CGCCUAAAUGUAGGCUAUAGUUACGCAUCAUGAUUCAAAAAAGAUUUCAAAUUUUGAAAUAAAAACCUGAGUGUUCAUUAUUCGAUAUGACGAACAAGAGUUCAAAAUAACAAGGGAUUUAGUGCACGAUUAGUCACUUCCGAAAAUUUAAAAUUAACACAACGAUUCUUAGCAAAAAGCUCGCUCAAAAAAAUUAAAAAAAAAAAUAUUAUUUAUACAACAAGAAUAGCCAGAUAUUUUAACCAUAUAACUCACUCCAAAUUCCAGCUUAUUGCUGCGUAACCAGCAGUCGGCGCGGAGAGCAGUCAGAAACGGCUGAGAAACCGCAAACAAUAUUUCUAAAAAACAAUAUUUGUAUUUAGUUUAAUUGAAACAUAUGUUUAUACCGCUCAGCAAAACUAAAGUCAACAAGUGUCAAACGAAAAAAAAAAAACAAUUAUAAAUAUACCUUACACGCCAGACUCAAAUAUAAAAUAUAUCAAAGUGUAUUUAUACCCCAAGAGCAGCUAUAACUGAGUUCACACAAGCACAAAUGUACACUCUAAAAGUCUAUAUUCUCAGAACAAUUGUAUUUAUAGGGAAAUGAAAAGCAUUCUGUAAAUGUCGUUGACGAGACGAGGCGGCGGUUGAGAAGUGCCUUCCAAAGCGGUUCGACGACAACGUGCUAGAGAACCACACGCUCAGCGGAGAAACGACACAAAAAAAUGCGUCGUCCGAAAUUUUCGCUAAAGAAAUAUUUUUAUUUUACACUAUUCUGUGCGCUACUGCUGAUAUUCGGAUUUAAUUUGCGUGAACAUGAAAUUUGGAAACCAAAAGGCGCAGCACAACAAACACACGAGCGUACACAAGACGAGCAAGCAGCGCAAUCGUUGCAAGCUUACACGCACAGCGCCAACACCGUGGCAUCGCAGCUUGCAGCACACGCUGAGCGUGACGACUCGGCUGACGACGAUGGCAAUGAACGGGCGAAUAAAGCGUCUGCGCAAGGCGCCAACAAUGCGCCCCUCAACGACCUUGUAAAUAAUGAAUUAAGCGAACUACAACAGCAAGAACAUUUGCAUCCAGGACAGGUGCCACUGGAGAACACCGCCACACGCCCCUGGUUCUUCCGGCAAGGUGAGUACUACCCGAAGCCAGCGCAUGCCGCGCCAACACGUACGGGGGCUGGUAAAGGCGGCGGUAGUGCGUUGCGUGGCAAGAAGCACGAUCCACGCGGUGCCGGACUGUUCCCCUAUCAAAACCCGCACAGUGAUCGCAUCGUCAAUCAGUUGAUGUAUGUGCCGCCGAAUUAUGAGCAGGUGCGCGCCAGCGGACGACUGAAAGUCAUACUGCUCUACAAUGGACUCGGUCCGUGGAAUGUGAAACAAGGUCGUGAUGUCUUCCUACGCUCGAAAUGUCCUGUAGAUACCUGCGAACUGACAUCGAAUCGCGGUCUCGCCGACAAGGCCGAUAUGAUACUAUAUAAGGAUCAUUACAUACCAACCGGCCUCGGCCGACCAUCAAACCCACAGCAGGUUAGCAUGUUGUAUUAUUUGGAAUGUCCAUAUCAUACGCAAAACGUAAAAGUACCGGACGCCAUUAAUUGGACGGCCACCUACAGGCGUGACAGCGAUAUUAUGGCGCCUUAUGAGAAAUGGCUCUACUAUGAUGCGAAAAUCAAUCAAGUGGAGCAGGAUCACAAUUAUGCUAUGAAUAAAACGAAAAAAGUCGCUUGGUUCGUCUCGAAUUGUGGCGCACGCAAUGGACGUCUACAGUUUGCGCAUGAAUUGCAAAAAUACAUAGAUGUUGACAUCUAUGGCGUUUGUGGCAAUUACAAAUGUCCACGCAGCACCGCCGACAAAUGCUUCGAACUACUCGAUCAUGAAUACAAAUUUUACCUCGCCUUCGAGAAUUCCAAUUGCAAAGACUACAUCACCGAAAAGUUCUUCGUCAACGCACUACAACGCAAUAUUUUACCAAUUGUUAUGGGUGCACGUCCGGAGGAUUAUGAAGUGAGCUCACCGCAUCGUUCCUACAUCCAUGUCGAUGAAUUUGCCUCGCCCAAAGAAUUAGCCGAAUACUUGCAUAUACUCGAUAAAGACGACGAACUCUACAAUUCAUAUUUCAAAUGGAAGGGCACCGGUGAGUUUAUCAACACGUAUUAUUGGUGUCGCGUUUGUGCCGCACUCCACGAUGAGGAGUCAUUACGUAAGCCGCGCUGGUACACGGACGUAAAUGAUUGGUGGCGCGGUGCUGGCGUCUGUACGAAUGGUUCGUGGCGUAAUUUUAAGGCGCGCAAAGAUGUCAUACGCGACGAUUAGUGGCGAACGCAAUUGGGUUUGUGGUUGGCUACUGCAAGCAUUGUUAUUGAAUAUGUUAAGUAAUAGUUUAAGGCUUAUUUAUAACAAACAAACAAACAACAACAACAAACAACAACAAUAACACAAUAGAAAAACAAAAACAAAAAUAAAAGCAUGCUGAAUUGCUUAUGGAUGGAUGGAAUGUGUGUGAUGCGUGUGGAUGUGGGUGAAUGGUUAUAUUGUAUACUUAUACAUACAUAUAUAUACAUAUGUAUAUGCAUGUGUAUAUAUGUAAUAUAUAUGUGUGUGUGUGUGUGUUUGUUUGUUGUUGUGACUAACAAAUUGGACAAAGCUAGCAGCUGAGUUCAGCAGUCACGUUUAGCUGCCAGCAGAAAGUCAGCCGAUGGCAGGAAGAGCUUACAAACACACAUACAUAUACAUACAUACAUACAGUCAUGUGAAAAAUAAUAGGGACACAUGACACAUGUCCCUAUUAUUUUGCACACUCAAAAACGAUCAUAAUUCACAAAAUGAUCAGCAUUUUUUCUUUGAUAACGGUUCUUUACUUCACUGACAUCCCAGCAAACAAUUGCAUGUUACAUUUUUGAUAAUUUUUUUAUUUUAUUUUUUACCUAUUUUCAAGCAAGUGUCCCUAUUAUUUUUCACAUGACUGUACAUAUAAAAAAUUUAGCAAAAAAAAAUUAAAAGAAAGAAACCGCAAAUUGCUUACUAAUAUUAGAUAAAGAGCGCGUAAAGAUUGUAGCAAUUCAAAUUUGUAGCAGCAUUUUGUAUAUACAUACACAUGCACACACCUACAUAUAUGUAUAGUUAUGCGCUUGUGGAAAUCAGGAAGUAAGAAUUCAUAAUAAUAAAAUAAUUCAGAAAUUUAUAAUUUUUUAA